AUGCAUGCAAAAGGGGUCAUUGCAAAUAUGACAGAUUUUGGUCUUGAGUACCAGCAGAAAAAGCUGGAGAUGCUGCCGGCGCUGAUGGGCAUGCGCGGGAUCCUCAACCACCACAUCGCGUCCUUCGAUCACCUCAUCGAGGUAGAGCUGCAGCGUAUUCUGCUCAAUGACUCCAAUGUGGAGAUAAAAAGCUCCGUCGAUCCCGAUUUCGUUAUCCGCUACCAAAACAUUCGCGUUUGUCGCCCGCAAGAAAUCGUCGGCAAGGGUCACGUGCCAAAGCCGGUGACACCGCAGGAGUGCCGCACCCGCGACAUGACGUACCGCGGUGACAUGAUCGUGGACGUGCUCUACACCAGCCGCGACCGCUCUCGUGCGAUGCUUGUGGAGAAGGAUGUGAAGAUCGGCACCAUCCCGAUAAUGCUGAAGUCGAAGUGCUGCAACCUGUAUCGCAAGACGCGCGAAGAGCUGGUGAACAUGCGGGAGUGUCCGCUGGACCCCGGUGGCUAUUUUAUUAUCAAAGGCGUAGAGAAGGUGUGUCUGGUGCAGGAGCAGCAGAGCAAGAACCGCGUCAUCAUCGAGGCAGACGAGCACGGAAACAUUUCGGCUCACGUGCAGAGUAAGACGCACUACUCGAUCUCCAAGUGCGCUGUCACCUUCAAAAAGGGCAGCAUUGUGCUGACGCACCGCUCCUUUACCGAGGACAUCCCAAUUAUUGUGGUGCUCAAGGCGAUGGGCCUGGAGAACGACCAACACAUCACCCAGUGCAUCGGCACGUCGCCUGCGUUUCAAAAGAUUUUGUUUCCCUGCUUUGAGGAGGCCCGCCUGCUCAACGUGGUGACGCAGAAUGACGCGCUGCAGUACAUCGGCGAGAAGCGGAAAGAGACGGUCUGGGAGAUGGAGGAGACCCAGCAGAGACAAAUUCACAAGUCCAAGGCGGACAAGGCAGCGGAGUUUUUAGCCAACGUGCUGCUUUGCCACAUUCGGGAGGCGCAGGUGCAGAAGGACUGGAACUUCCGGCACAAGGCAUUCUACGUCUGCUUCAUGGUCCGCGGCAUGAUUGAGGCGAGCUUCGACUCCUCCCUCCUCGACGAGCGCGACUUCUACGGCAACAAGCGCUUUGAGACCACCGGGACGCUCAUGGCCCUCCUGUUUGAGGACUUACUGAAGCAGUUCAACCGCGUUGUGAAAAGCGCGAUGGAUCAGCAGCUGUCCAAGAAGGACUCGACGCGUCCUUUAAAUCUGAAGCAGCUCAUGGAGAGUAAAAUGGAGGUCAUACAGAACGGCAUGCGGAUGGCCAUCAGCAGCGGGCGGUGGGAUUUGAAGCGGUUCAACAUGAAUCGCCAGGGCAUCACGCAGGUUCUGUCGCGUCUUUCCUACAUUGCCUGCCUCGGCAUGAUGACGCGUCUUGCGUCCUCUUUCGAGAAGACGCGCAAGAUUAGUGGGCCGCGCUCACUGCAGCCGAGCCAGUGGGGAAUGGUUUGCCCCUGCGAUACCCCGGAGGGCGAAAGCUGCGGGCUUGUCAAGAACUUCGCCACCUUAAGCCAGGUGACCCUCGACCUGAACGACGACUACGUCCGUGCCGCCGCGCACUCCCUCGGUGUGGAGGAGAUCGACACGGUCACGCCGACGGACUUCCUGCACUACUUCAGCGUCUUCUUGAAUGGCACCCUCAUCGGCAUUCACCGCUACCCCAACCGCCUCUGCGCCGGCAUCCGCGCGCUCCGCCGCUCCGGCCGCCUGCACCCGCACGUGUCCAUCUCCACGCAGCCGCGGCAGCGCACCGUGCAGAUCGGCAGCGAUGGCGGCCGCAUUGUCCGCCUCCUCAUCACCGUGCGAGGCGGCAAGCCGGCGGUGACGUCUCGCCACCUCGACCGCCUGCGCGACCGCCUCUGCACCUUAAACGAUUUCUUGGCGGACGGUCUCAUUGAGUACGUCGAUGUAAACGAGUCGAAUGACUGCCUCAUUGCCAUCUACCCGGCCGACAUCGGACCUUACACGACGCAUCUCGAGGUGGAGCCGCUGUCGCUGCUGGGCGUGGUGGCGGGCAUCAUUCCCUACCCGCACCACAACCAAGCGGCUCGUAACACCUUCCAGUCCGCCAUGGGUAAGCAGGCACUCGGUACGGUGGCGCUAAACCAGUAUAUUCGCGCAGACACGGUGUUGCUGCUCGGUGCCUACCCGCAGCGGCCGCUGUGCCGCACCAAAGCAAUGUCGUUGACGAAUUACGAAAAGCUGGGUGCCGGUAUCAACGCGAUGGUGUGCGUCAUGAGCUACAGCGGCUACGAUAUUGAGGAUGCGCAGGUGUACAACAAGUCUUCGCUAGAUCGCGGCUACGGCCGGUGCGUAGUGCUGCGCAAACACGAGGUGGAUCUCGAGAAGUUUGCCGGGGGCGAGUUCGACGUUGUGCUGCCGCCGGAGAAAAACAACGGCAGCGGUAAGUUUAAAGCCUUGAACCCGGACGGAGUAGCGAGCAAGGGUGCCAUUGUGCGUCAGUACGAUGUGCUCGUGAACAAGUUCACGCCCGUCGCAGGCGGUGACCCGAGGCCGGUGCCGCUCCUUUACAAGUACCCCCAGCCGGCGGUGGUCGACCACGUUGUCGUCUCCCCUCCCGGCGACUACGACCGCUCGCUAGAUGUGGACCAGAAGAUAAAGGUGGUCACGCGGGAGGUGCGCCCGCCAGAGCCGGGAGACAAGUUUUCGUCCCGCCACGGCCAGAAGGGCGUCGUCGGUCUCAUCGCCAACGGCGUCGACAUGCCGUUCAACGAGCGGGGAAUGAGUCCGGACAUGAUCAUGAACCCGCACGGCUUCCCCAGUCGAAUGACGGUGGGCAAGUUGAUGGAGCUGGUCUGCUCAAAGGUGGCGGCUCUCCGGGGCUCCAUGGGCGACGGAACGGCCUUUGCAGGCGACUCAGCCGACGUCAUCAGCAAACAGCUGCUCUCCUUUGGCUACAACUAUCACGGCAAGGAUGUCUUCUACUCUGGCAUCACCGGCGAGCUCAUGCAGGGCUACGUCUUCUUUGGGCCUAUCUACUAUCAGCGUCUGAAACACAUGGUGACGGACAAGAUGCACGCUCGAUCCACCGGGCCACGCUCGAUGCUGACGCGGCAGCCGACGGAGGGUCGCUCGCGCAGUGGCGGCCUGCGCGUCGGCGAGAUGGAGCGUGACUGUAUGGUGGGCUACGGGGCGUCGAACUUGCUGAACGAGCGGCUUCUGAUUAGCUCCGACAUGUUUGCCGCGGAUAUCUGCAACGUCUGCGGCAACCUCGGGUACAACAACCGGUGUACCUACUGCAAGGCGAAAGGAACUACUUCAAAGGUCAACAUGCCGUAUGCGUUUAAGCUGCUGAUUCAGGAACUACAGGGCAUGGGCAUCAGCUUACGCCUUUCUAUGGACUCGCCCGCGUAG